CCGCCGCCGGGAGUCGCUGGGGAGGACGCGUAGGGCGGGGAGCCGCUCCCCGCCUUCAUGAGCUGCUGAGGAGGCCGGUCUUGGGUUUUCUCCUCCGCCAGAUCCCACCCCGCCCGGCAGACCCCACCCCCUGCUCCUUCCUCCUGGGGCGCGCUCUCGGGUGCGCGCUCGGAAGUCGGGGGUCGGCGCACAGUGCGAGCUUCACACCGAGAGGCAGCGGAGGCGGCGCGGUCUUCGCCUAGGACGCCCACCCAUCGGCUCCGCACCCGGUUCUCGGCCACCAGCCCGAUCCACAGCCCGGCCUCGACCCGCAGCGGAGGAGCAGCCUCGGGGCACGCCGCUAGGCGAGAGCAGCGCGGCACCCCAGCCUUCGCCGAGGGCCGGAGCGUGGUGGGAUGACGGGCGGCGGGCGGGCCGAGCUGGCCCUGCGGCCCCGGGGGCGGCUGUGGCCGCUGCUGGCCGUGCUGGCGGCUGCGGCGGGCUGUGUCCGGGCGGCCAUGGACGAGUGCGCGGAUGAGAGCGGCCGCCCGCAGCGCUGCAUGCCGGAGUUUGUUAAUGCCGCCUUCAAUGUGACCGUGGUGGCUACCAACACGUGUGGGACUCCGCCCGAGGAGUACUGCGUGCAGACUGGGGUGACCGGAGUCACCAAGUCCUGUCACCUGUGCGACGCCGGCCAGCUCCACCUGCAGCACGGGGCAGCCUUCCUGACCGACUACAACAACCAGGCCGACACCACCUGGUGGCAAAGCCAGACCAUGCUGGCCGGGGUGCAGUACCCCAACUCCAUCAACCUCACGCUGCACCUGGGAAAGGCUUUUGACAUCACUUACGUGCGUCUCAAAUUCCACACCAGCCGCCCAGAGAGCUUUGCCAUUUAUAAGCGCACUCGGGAAGACGGGCCCUGGAUUCCUUACCAGUACUACAGCGGCUCCUGUGAGAAUACCUACUCAAAGGCCAACCGAGGCUUCAUCAGGACAGGAGGGGAUGAGCAGCAGGCCUUGUGUACUGAUGAAUUCAGUGACAUUUCCCCCCUCACCGGGGGCAACGUCGCCUUUUCAACCCUGGAAGGAAGGCCCAGUGCCUACAACUUUGACAACAGCCCUGUGCUGCAGGAAUGGGUAACUGCUACUGACAUCAGAGUAACACUCAAUCGCCUAAACACUUUUGGAGAUGAAGUCUUUAACGACCCCAAAGUUCUCAAGUCCUAUUAUUAUGCAAUCUCAGACUUUGCUGUGGGCGGCAGGUGUAAAUGUAAUGGACAUGCCAGUGAGUGUGUGAAGAAUGAAUUUGACAAACUGGUGUGCAAUUGCAAACAUAACACAUACGGAGUUGACUGUGAAAAGUGCCUGCCUUUCUUCAAUGACCGGCCGUGGAGGAGGGCAACCGCGGAAAGUGCCAGCGAAUGCCUACCCUGUGACUGCAAUGGCCGAUCCCAAGAAUGCUUCUUUGACCCUGAACUAUACCGUUCAACUGGACAUGGUGGCCACUGUAUCAACUGCCGGGAUAACACAGAUGGUGCCAAGUGUGAGAGAUGCCGGGAGAACUUCUUCCGCCUUGGGAACACCGAAGCCUGCUCUCCAUGUCACUGCAGUCCUGUUGGUUCUCUCAGCACACAGUGUGACAGUUACGGCAGAUGCAGCUGUAAGCCAGGAGUGAUGGGUGACAAGUGUGACCGUUGCCAGCCUGGAUUCCAUUCCCUCACUGAGGCGGGAUGCAGGCCAUGCUCCUGUAAUCCGUCUGGCAGCACGGAUGAAUGUAACGUUGAAACAGGAAGAUGUGUUUGCAAAGAAAACGUCGAAGGCUUCAGCUGUGAGAGAUGCAAACCUGGAUUUUUUAAUCUGGAAUCAUCUAAUCCUAAGGGUUGCACACCCUGCUUCUGCUUCGGGCAUUCUUCUGUGUGCACAAAUGCUGUUGGCUACAGUGUUCAUGACAUCUCCUCCACCUUUCAGAUCGAUGAGGAUGGGUGGCGUGUGGAGCAGAGAGAUGGCUCGGAGGCAUCUCUUGAGUGGUCCUCUGAUAGGCAGGAUAUUGCUGUGAUCUCAGACAGUUACUUUCCUAGGUACUUCAUCGCCCCUGCAAAGUUCCUGGGCAACCAGGUUCUGAGUUAUGGGCAGAACCUCUCCUUCUCCUUCCGAGUGGACAGACGGGACACUCGCCUCUCUGCAGAAGAUCUCGUGCUUGAGGGAGCUGGCUUGAGAGUGUCUGUGCCCUUGAUCGCUCAGGGCAAUUCCUAUCCUAGUGAAACUGCUGUGAAAUAUAUCUUCAGGCUCCAUGAAGCAACAGAUUACCCUUGGAGGCCCACUCUUUCCCCCUUCGAAUUUCAGAAGCUCCUAAACAACUUGACCUCUAUCAAGAUCCGUGGCACAUACAGUGAGAGGAGUGCUGGAUAUUUGGAUGAUGUCACCUUAGCAAGUGCUCGUCCUGGACCUGGAGUCCCUGCAACUUGGGUGGAGUCCUGCACCUGCCCAGUGGGGUAUGGAGGGCAGUUCUGUGAGACGUGCCUCUCAGGCUACAGAAGAGAAACUCCAAGUCUUGGACCUUACAGUCCGUGUGUGCUCUGUACCUGCAAUGGACAUAGCGAGACCUGUGACCCCGAGACAGGUGUCUGUAACUGCAGAGACAAUACAGAUGGCCCUCACUGUGAGAAAUGUAGUGACGGAUACUAUGGAGACUCAACCUUGGGCACCUCCUCUGACUGCCAACCUUGUCCCUGUCCUGGUGGCUCAAGUUGUGCCAUUGUCCCCAAGACAAAGGAAGUAGUGUGCACCCACUGUCCAACUGGCACCGCUGGCAAGAGAUGUGAACUCUGUGAUGACGGCUACUUCGGAGACCCUCUGGGCAGCAAUGGGCCUGUGAGACUGUGCCGACCAUGUCAGUGUAACGACAACAUAGACCCCAAUGCGGUUGGCAACUGCAACCGCCUGACAGGAGAAUGUCUGAAGUGCAUUUAUAACACUGCUGGCUUCUACUGUGACCGGUGCAAAGAAGGGUUUUUCGGCAAUCCCCUGGCUCCCAACCCAGCAGACAAAUGCAAAGCCUGCGCCUGCAAUCCCUAUGGGACAGUGCAGCAGCAGAGUAGCUGUAACCCUGUGACUGGGCAGUGCGAGUGUCUGCCUCAUGUCUCGGGCCGGGACUGUGGUGCUUGUGACCCUGGCUUCUACAACCUGCAGAGUGGGCAAGGCUGUGAAAGGUGUGACUGCCAUGCUUUGGGUUCCACCAAUGGGCAAUGUGACAUCCGCACUGGUCAGUGUGAGUGCCAGCCUGGCAUCACCGGUCAGCACUGUGAGCGUUGUGAGACCAACCACUUUGGAUUUGGACCUGAAGGCUGCAAACCUUGUGACUGUCAUCAUGAAGGGUCCCUUUCGCUCCAGUGUAAAGACGAUGGUCGUUGUGAAUGCAGGGAAGGCUUUGUGGGAAAUCGCUGUGACCAAUGUGAAGAGAACUAUUUCUACAAUCGCUCUUGGCCUGGCUGCCAGGAGUGUCCAGCUUGUUACCGACUGGUGAAGGAUAAGGUUGCUGAGCAUCGAGUGAAACUCCAGGAGUUAGAGAACCUCAUAGCAAACCUUGGGACCGGGGAUGAGAUGGUGACGGAUCAAGCCUUUGAGGAUAGACUCAAGGAGGCAGAGAGAGAGGUUACAGACCUCCUUCGUGAGGCUCAGGAUGUCAGAGAUGUAGAUCAAAGUUUGAUGGAUCGCCUUCAGAGAGUGAACAGCAGUCUGCAUAGCCAAAUUAGCCGACUGCACAAUAUCCGGAAUACUAUAGAAGAGACUGGUAUCCUGGCUGAGCAAGCACGGUCCAGAGUGGAGAGUACAGAGCAACUGAUUGAGAUUGCCUCCAGGGAGCUUGAGAAAGCAAAAAUGGCUGCUGCCAAUGUGUCAAUCACUCAGCCAGAGUCUACAGGGGAACCAAACAACAUGACCCUCUUGGCAGAAGAAGCCCGAAGGCUUGCAGAGCGCCAUAAGCAGGAAGCUGAUGACAUUGUCCGAGUGGCAAAGACAGCCAAUGAGACUUCGACUGAGGCAUAUAAUCUGCUUUUGAGGACCCUGGAAGGAGAAAAUCAAACUGCUCUGGAGAUUGAAGAGCUUAAUAGGAAGUAUGAACAAGCAAAGAACAUCUCUCAGGACCUGGAGAAGCAGGCUGCCCGAGUCCACGAGGAAGCCAAGCGGGCAGGUGACAAAGCUGUGGAGAUCUAUGCCAGUGUGGCCCAGCUGACCCCUGUGGACUCUGAGGCGCUGGAGAAUGAAGCAAAUAAAAUCAAGAAAGAAGCUGCGGAUCUGGACCGUCUAAUUGACCAGAAGCUAAAGGAUUAUGAGGACCUUCGGGAAGAUAUGAGGGGGAAAGAGCAUGAAGUGAAGAACCUUUUAGAGAAGGGAAAAGCUGAGCAGCAGACGGCCGACCAACUCCUAGCUCGAGCUGAUGCUGCCAAGGCUCUUGCUGAAGAAGCUGCUAAGAAAGGACGAAAUACCUUACAAGAAGCCAAUGACAUUCUCAGCAACCUCAAAGAUUUUGAUAGACGUGUGAAUGAUAACAAGACAGCUGCAGAGGAGGCGCUGAGGAGGAUUCCCGCCAUCAACCGGACCAUAGCCGAAGCCAAUGAGAAGACAAGGGAGGCACAGCUGGCACUGGGCAAUGCUGCAGCUGACGCCACAGAGGCCAAAAACAAAGCCCACGAGGCGGAGAGGAUCGCCAGCGCCGUGCAGAUGAAUGCCACCAGCAUCAAGGCGGAUGCCGAAAGAACCUUUGCAGAGGUGACGGACCUGGAUGAUGAGGUGAACGUGAUGUUGCGACAGCUGGAGGAAGCAGAGAAUGAGCUGAAGAAGAAGCAAAGGGAUGCCGACCAGGACAUGAUGAUGGCGGGGAAGGCUUCACAGGAUGCUCAAGAAGCUGAGCUCAAUGCCAGAAAAGCCAAAAACUCUGUUAGCAGCCUCCUCAACCAACUGACUGACCUCUUGGAGCAACUGGGCCAGCUGGACACAGUGGACCUGAACAAGCUAAAUGAGAUAGAAGGUACCCUGAACAAAGCCAAAGAUGAGAUGAAGGUCAGCGAUCUGGACAGGAAGGUGGCUGACCUGGAGAAUGAAGCCCGGAAGCAGGAGGCAGCCAUCAUGGACUAUAACCGAGACAUAGAGGAGAUCAUAAAGGACAUUCACAACCUGGAGGACAUCAAGAAGACCCUACCGUCCGGCUGCUUCAACACCCCGUCCAUUGAGAAGCCCUAGUGACGAGAGGGCUGCAAGGCAGUGCCCCCGAAAGGGAGCCCUGUGAGGCCACAGUGCCUUGACACAAAGAUUACACUUUCAGACCCCCCACUUCUCUGCUGCUCUCCAUCACUGUCCUUUCGAACCAAGAAAAGUCAGAGUUUAAAGAGAAGCAAGUUAGACAACCUGAACCAGGAACGAAGGGCUUUGCCUAAUAAAAUCUCUCUUCCAUUCAUAUCACCAUCUCACCCAAACUUUCCCUCCUUUGCCUGAGGUCACGGCACCCUCCAGUGGCAUACCCAUGUCAUGUGACCCAUUCUAUGCCAGGGCAGACCCAUGCCCCUCCCCACUCUCAACACCAGCAGAAUCUAUCUCAGCUCUCAUAUUUCUAUGAAGGAAAUGUUUGGCUCCUCAUCGUAGCAUUGAGAUGGCCAAUAUGUCCCAUUUGUGGAUAAAGAAAAUGCCUCUGCAUCUUCAGCCUCCUCUUUUAAACAAAAGGAAAUAAACAUCCUGUGCCAAAGGUAUUGGUCAUUUAGAAUGUUGGUAGCCAGCCACCAGUCAUGCUAGCUGUUGGAGUAUAGGACACUGAGCCAUCGUGGGUAAGAGUGCAGUUAUGUGUGGGUCUCCCAUAGAGCAUGGCUCAAAGACACCUAGGAUUUCCUCCCGUGUUCACUAACCAGGAAGGCAAACUUUUUCCAAAUCCUUAGGCAGCUGUUAAAAAGUCAGUAUGGGCAGCUUGCAUUCACCAGUGUGCUAGGUAGCUUUGGAUACGUCUAUAAACAGGACUUAAUGCAUGAGAAACAGGUGUGAUAACCACUAAAGACUUUGGUAUUUUUCCAAGUCUAAUUCUUUGAUCUUUUUUGUUAGUGUGUUAAGUUGUCUGUCCAACAGUUGGUCUCUGAGAUCUUGACCAAUGAAAGGAAAGCAAGUCCCCAUUCUCCCCAUAUUUUCUGGAAAAUGAGGUGUAACCUGUAUAAAUCGGGUUCCGUAUGUGCAUUUCUUUUUCUCUGUUGGAGAGAGAUGUGAUAUUUGGCCCUUAGCUCAAAUUCUCUUCUGAUGUUUCCAUUUUUCUAAAACUCCUCGAAAACACAUCAUCGUUUGCCAGAUCCUGGUGGCAAAAGCUGUCGCUCAGUAUUUCACACAGCUGCCAACACCAUCUAGUUCCUGCACUUGGUGUCUGCGCCCACUCUAAGCCUUUCCUCUGGAUGGAGCGGGAAGAACCUUGUGUGGCAUUUCCUAGUAAGCUUCUCAGCCUCUGAUCCUCAGCUCUGUGGUUUUCCGAAGGCCACACUGUGACAGUCCCUGCCACACACCCCCUUCCUCCCACCUACCUGCCUCUGAGAUUCAUAUAUAGCCUUUAACACUAUGCAAUUUUGUACUUUGUGUAGCGGGGGGGAAAGAAACUAUUAUCUGACACACUGGUGCUAUUAAUUAUUUGAAAUUUAUAUUUUUUGUGUGAAUGGUUUUUGUUUAUCAUGAUUAUAGAGUAAGGAAUUUAUGUAAAUAUUCCCAGUGCUAGAAUGGCACUGUCAGUUCACGUCUUUGCUCCAUUUUCCCUCUCGCUAGCACAGGGAACCUGACACUACCCUCCUUCCCAUCAUUUCCCCAGGGUUCUGCUCUGCCUCUGCCUUGUGUUUGCAGCACCUUCGCUAUCUGACAGGAAUCUCAACCUGCUCACCUCCACAGCCAGACCCAAGAGGGCCCUCGAGCCCUCUCCCUUGCAGUCCUGACCAUCUGCAGCUCCAUGCUGUCCUCAGUGCCUGUCCCAGAGCAGUCACCAGGCGACAGGGUGAAGUAGUUUGGAAAGUUUACUGAUGGGACCCUCCCAUUCUUGAUCAGGAUGGGUCAGUUUUGACAGGCAGCACGUGAUGACUGAGCACUUUAGGGCGCUGGGCAGUCACUGAUGAGGGAGGGAGGAGGCUCUGUUCAGUGUGCCUCCAUCUCUGUUGGGCAAACAGGGAUCACCGGAGUUCUGGGCUUGGCCCCCCUGAGGUUCCACUCUUGCUCUUCCCAGACCUUUUCUGCUACAGCAGAGGCAUAGCCCUCCCUCACCAAGUUCACUGCUGACUGGCUAGUUCCUCUGAGUAAGUGCCUCACCACCUAACAAAUGCAUUUUGGUCACAGUUGCAGGAAGAUGGCUGAAAAGAGACCGCCAUCGUCCAUUGGGUCAGCUCCAUGCCAGCAGGUCGUUGGCCCUGGUGGGUGUGGUAUUUUGUUUGGUUUAUUUGUCCUCUUCAUCUGUGUGACAUAUUUUUAAACAAAUUUAUUUUUAAAAAUGAGAGUUAUUUACAAGACGACACCUAUUACAUGCCUGCAGCACGGCUGUUGUUUUUUGUAUAGUUCCAGUAAUCUGUAUUCUAUGUAAUUAAAUUGACAGGAUGGCUGCUGUAAAAUGCUGGGUGUCACAGAGAAUAGAUUGUUUUAUUCUCCCCCCCCCAUGAAGUUUCCCUUUUGAUUCCAACUGUGGCCCUUUUAAAUGUGCCUUCACUUGAGCUGUCUGCCUCAAUCUCCACAGCCUUCCACUCCAGGGAGGGUAGCAAAGCGUAACACUUGGCAUUUUUCUAUGUUUAAAAAGAAAACAGUAUUUUAUUUAUAAUAAAAUCUGAAUAUUUGUAACCCUUUA